AGGAAGGGCGCGGGCGGGACCCCGCGCAUGCGCGGUGCGGGCCGGCGGCGUGCGUGUUGUUGUGAGGCGGCGGCGGCAAGAUGGCGGCGCCCGGGGGCUCCGCGGCCUCCGCCGCGCUCCGGGGGCUGAUCCAGCAGUUCACCGCCAUCACGGGUGCCAGCGAAAGCGUGGGAAAGCACAUGCUGGAGGCAUGCAACAACAACCUGGAGAUGGCUGUCACCAUGUUUCUGGACGGUGGAGGCAUAGCAGAGGAGCCAAGCACCAGUUCUGCAGGGGUGUCUUCUGUUCGACCACACACCGAGGAUGAAGUACGAGCUCCAAUUCCUCAAAAACAGGAAAUUUUAGUAGAACCUGAACCCUUGUUUGGAGCUCCUAAAAGACGCAGACCUGCGCGCUCAAUAUUCGAUGGCUUUCGGGAUUUUCAAACAGAAACCAUUCGACAGGAACAGGAGCUACGAAAUGGAGGGGCAGUAGAUAAGAAACUCACUACUCUAGCAGACCUCUUCAGGCCUCCCAUUGAUUUGAUGCACAAAGGCAGCUUUGAAACGGCCAAGGAGUGUGGUCAGAUGCAGAACAAAUGGCUCAUGAUAAACAUUCAGAAUGUGCAAGAUUUUGCAUGCCAGUGUCUCAACCGUGAUGUCUGGAGCAACGAGGCUGUGAAGAACAUAAUCCGGGAACAUUUCAUUUUUUGGCAGGUGUACCAUGACAGUGAGGAGGGCCAGAGGUACAUACAGUUCUAUAAAUUAGCAGACUUUCCUUAUGUCUCCAUCCUGGAUCCCAGGACAGGCCAGAAGCUAGUGGAGUGGCACCAGCUGGACGUGACUUCUUUCUUAGACCAAGUGACUGGGUUCUUGAGUGAGCAUGGACAGCUGGAUGGACAUUCUACCAACCCUCCCCAAAAAUGCUCUCGUUCGGAGAGUCUCAUUGAUGCCAGUGAGGACAGCCAGUUGGAAGCUGCUAUCAGAGCCUCGUUACAGGAGACACAUUUUGAUUCCUCACAGGCCAAGCAGGAGAGUCGAUCAGAUGAGGAGUCUGAGUCAGAGCUUUUUUCUGGAAGCGAAGAGUUUAUUUCUGUCUGUGGAUCUGAGGAGGAGGAGGAAUCGGAGAAUCCUGCCAAGGUGAGGAAGUCUCCACACAAGGACUUGGGGUACAAAAAAGAGGAGAGCCGGAGGCCUCAGCCUGAGCCCCCUGCAAGGACUGAGCCUGGAACAACAUCAAAUCACAGAGUACUGCCCUGCAUUGAUGCAGGGAUACUGGAGGAGUCAACUGACAAGCCUGAAAGUACGUUGCAGGGCCUAGAUGUGAAUGGACCAAAGGCACAGCUGAUGCUAAGGUAUCCAGAUGGAAAGAGGGAACAAAUUUCACUGCCCGAACAAGCUAAACUUCUGGCUCUUGUGAAACAUGUCCAGUCAAAAGGAUACCCCAAUGAACGCUUUGAACUUCUCACCAACUUCCCUCGAAGGAAACUCUCCCACCUGGACUAUGAGAUCACAUUACAGGAGGCAGGCCUGUGUCCUCAAGAGACUGUCUUUGUGCAGGAAAGGAAUUAGCACCGUGGCCUGAGUUCUCCCAGCCUUCCUCCUCUCUCCUCUUUGCCUAGGACACCAACUCAUUGAAUAUGCAGUUGAGGGUCAUAGGAUUGCAGUGCUGAAAUCAGGCAGGCAGCUGGCUGGCCCUUCUCUCUCUCUUCUUCCCUUCUCCUUGCUCUUGUGACCAAAUGAGAGUGUUCAGAGUUUUAUUUUUGUUCUCAGCUUGGGCCCUGCAGAGAGCAUUGGGAAGAACAUCUUUCCUUUGUUUUCAUGGAAUAAAGUAAAAGAAUUAUCUGUGUAUCCAAUAUGCUGGGGCUCGCAGUGGCCAUAAUACACAUACCCUUCUCGCUGCUAUUCUUAAAUCUGUUUUGUUUAAUUUAUAUUUGAAAAUACUGUGUGAUAAGGCACUGAGUCAUCUCUCUGUAAGGAGAGAGUGUAAUCUUCAGUAUGGUCUUCUCUUUGUUUUGAUUCUCUGUGUGAAAGGUCUCCAUUAACCUCACAGCCUUCUGAAGGGUUCACUUAUCUAGCACCCUGCUAAAACUUACUUUUAGGAAGGAGUUGAGGUGAGCUGUGGUAAGGUAUUCUGUCCCCGUCUACUUGAAAGGCUUCUAGGUUGCAUGCACUUUUUCUUCAUCCUUUAAAUGCUGCCAGUGGACACUGCUUUUUUUUUUUUUUUUAAACAAAUACCCUUAUCAAAAAAAAAAAAAGCCUACAAGGAGAAAACAAUGAUAGCCUGUAUGGGGUCAGCUUCUUGACCUGGAGAGAAAGCUGUGUCCACUCUUGUAGCAGAGCUGACUGACUCCUCCAUACAAGCAGGGGGAAAUUCCAUUUGUUCUCUCCCCAGCAUCCCCUUUUUACUUGCUCUCAGGAUUUUACAACUGAUCAUGUAAGGUGGCAGGAUACUGUAAAGACCUUGGACCUUAGAAAGCACGUGGUAAACUCAACAAGUAGUUGGCUUUUUCUUUCUCCAUUGUGUAUGCUUCCCCAGCCCCCACCAGGAGUGUUUUUUUGCAGCAAUUUCAGAGCUCAGGCUGCAGUUGGGCUCAGCAAGUCGUAGGUAGGGUUCCUGUGAGUAAUUCAAAACAAACACAGCCUUUCAAAACUGUGCAAGGAAUUAAUGCUUUAUAAAAGACUUCAUAGCCUGGUGGCUUGAGCACUCCAGGCUGCUGUUUAUUCUUAAUCUUAUGUGGUAAUCUGCCACCGUUUACCUCUAAAUCCAGAAGACAGUAUUGAAAGCUACUCCUUUAUCUAGGUUUUAGUUCGAGUUACGGCAGCUGGCAUCAGAAGCCCCGCGGGCAUAUCGUACCUGUGCGUACUCCAAGUGUCCUGCUUCCCCAGCAUCUCCCCUAGGCAUUGAGCUGUUGGUCAGUUGUUGUUAGAGUAAAUAUUACUGUGAGACGAAAGUCAAUGAACACUGCCAAGAUGGAUGGUGAAUGUGUUUGUUUACCAUUAAGAAUCCAGUUCAGCAUCCUUUCAGGAAAAAGGCAAGAGACCUGCCAUAACUGUUUCUGUAACUGUCAGGUGACUGUAUGUGCUCAAAGAAAGACUUCAGUGUCAGAAAUUUCUUACAGCCUGAAACUUCUCAAGAUAUUUUUGCCUUUAACUUCGUGCUAGCCUACAUACUUCGGAGUUUUUAAAUGUAAGAAGUCAUACACAUCUUGCAGUUCCCUGUGAUAAUAUUAACUCACAAAUGUCCCAUAUUGAGACUUUAUACAAAAUCAUACAAUUGUAGAAAUUGAUUUCCCUUCUGCAUGAAGACUGGAUUCUAAAUUUUACUGCAGUACCAUGAGAGCAAAAUCUGAUAGCAGUUUCCUGAUCAGUGGGUGAUGUGACAUCAGAUGUCACUGUUGGCUUAUAGAUCACAAGAGAUCACUUUCACACUGUUAAAAAGUGAAUUGCACGGCCAGCAGAAGAGCAGGGUUGUUGGUGUUUGGCCUUUGAAGCAGCAGUGCCUCUAGACUGAAGGAUCCUUUGUGCUUCUGUGAUACCCAAAUUCAUGGCUCGCACUUGGACAUAUGAGAGAGCAGGACAGAAGGAAACCCUUUCUGUAUAGGUCUGAUGCUUCCCUAGGUAGACAUCAGCUCUCCAGUUGAAAUAACUUGCUCUGAUUUUUGUUGCCUUGAAGUUUGUCACCUCUUCUUCAGUGGCUAGCUGCAAAAAACUGAAGGUGGGCUGCCAACAGGACGCAGUACCCAGCACGAGCGUGGUCCUUUUCCUGCUCAGGCAGGCGGGGAUGGGAGUGAGCUGACUUCUGUUCUCCUGCCCAUGCCUCCUGCAGAAGGCAGGGAGCCGUUGUGCUGCACUGAUGUCUCUCUUGAGUUGUUGUUGGCUGGGUUUGCUGGUAGAGGUCCAGCUAAUCUUUUGGGCAGGCUCGGGUUUGUGUCUGUUCUGAGAACGUUGUUCCACACAGCUAGUAGGGAAGUUGAACAUACAAAAUUGUCCUUGCCUUUUCGGUCCUACAUCUGUUUAAUUGGUAGGUUCUUUCUCUGCCUUCCCCUCCCCAAUUGUACAUGAGGCUAGGCUGGGACUUGUGCAUUUUGAUGUAAAAGUAACUAACAGCUGUUAGAGGGGAGACCAUUGCAGGCAAGAGGAUGAACUUCAGCUCUGCUGCUCGAGACCACUCUGGCCUCAUACUAUGAACUUCCUUCCUGACCCCCCUUUCUCACGUCUCACUAUCAAAACCACACCAGGGGGAGUCCCGUGUUAGUUUUCCAUUGCCAUUAUGCCAGGAACAGCUCAGUCACCUCACACAAGGAAGCAAAAGUCACACUUGGUUGUGACAAGCUCAUUUUUAAGCUAUCAAGAAACGUGCCUCUCCAGCAUGGUGAAUGGUUUUGCCUGCUGGUGGAGUGGGACUGGGAGUCUUUUAUUGCUUUUCCACAUGUGUUUCUUGAGUUUUCUGUUUCUUGACUUUUUAUUUCUAUUUCUUGCAGUUUUAUUUAGCAAACAGCAAUCCUUUUACAACCAAACAGGGAAGGAAGAAGGGGAGGGGGAGCAAAUCUACACUGAAAAUGGGAUUUUCUACUAUCUCAGAGAUGGAAUCAGAAUUUAUUUUUGGCAGUUCCUGACAAUUUGCUCUGUUCCAGGAAAAGACAAACUAGUUUGUUGUUCUUCUUGUUACGCUGCCAUGAUGCGUUUUCUUUCAGUUUUCCUUUGCUUCGAUCUGUAAGCAGGAGGCAGAGAAAAAAAUUUGAAGGGAGAAGUGUCCCUGCGUGUGGCUCCUCUCUCCCUUCUUUCCUCUUCCCUUUUCCCCUUCUUCCUGCCCUCCAGUGGAAGCGCACACGUCAGCCGGCUGUGCUCCAGUGGCUGGAAGCCUGGCUGGAGGCCAGGAUACAAACUCUUCAGAUUUUCAUUCAAAGCUCUUUGGAGUUGGGAGGAAUGUGUUUUGCUGCCCCGAGGAAUGUGGCUGAACACAUUAACCAAGUUAAGCGUACAGCCACUUGUAACUGAGAGCGUAAGCCAGCUGAGCUCAAUUUAAAAAGAGCCUUGGUCACCGUUGCUUCUAAGUGUUAAAGGUGAAGUUCAAAUUGCUCUUGACAAGGUUGGAAAAAACACCUUAAAUCUUCAAUUGCAAAAGUUGAUGUUUGAAGGACAAAGCAGAGACUAUGGUUUGUGGCUUCCUCUGGGUGUUGCCUGGCCACAAUUUGCAGAUGUUGAAAGCGCUGCUGUGAGUUCAGAGGAGCAGGGUUGUGUUUGAACGGUGGAAGGCUUUGUGGUUAGAGAGCUGAACAGAACUCGUGUGCUUCAAGCCGCAGCUUCUCGCUGCUUGCAGCCAAAUCUUUGCACGUGCUCUUCAUCCGACUUGUUUUUGUUUGACAUUUAUUGUCUAAUAACAGCUAAUCGUGCAUAGUCGCUGCCAGCUGGUAUUCAGAAGGGAAAACGAGCACUGGCUUUCUCUGCCAGGUGCUUUGGCACAUUUGCUGCUGGCUUCUUCAGAGGCCCUGGGGAGAUGUGGGCUCUUCCUCACCAUGCCUGCUCUCAGUCAGGCUGCCCAAGCAGCUUCCACCUCUCUGCAUUUCCUCCUGAUGCAAAAAAGGCAGCUAAAAGCUGUGUCAAAAGCUGCUGGGUAUAAUGGUGUUGUUUUCAUUAGGCUUUGAAUUGGAGUCUGCAAUUUUACAUUUCUGGCGUUUAAGGUCUGCACAUCGCCCUUUCUGAUAAAAUCAGAGAAGUUGAUAACCUCAAUAUGAAAAGAAUGUGCGUGUGUGUGUGUAACAGCAUCGUAAAACACGGUUGUCUACAAAAAGGUAUCAAAAGGUACCAAUUUUCAUGCACAGACUUAAAUGGCCGUGCUGAUCACGCAUCAGCAUGCUUUCCAGAGCUCACCAGAUCUGCUACGUUGCUGUUACAGGAGAAUAAUGCCGCGGCCGUAACGCACGUCCCUUGUGGGCUGCUGCAAGCAGCUCGUGUUCGUGUGUCCCACCCGCUCCACAGGCGUUUUUUUGAAGACUGCCAAACGAGCUGCUGCCAGUGUGCACGUGGCUCUGCACCAGGGCACACCAGCUUCCACUUUCACUGGUGCUGUGGCUUGAAUAUGUGCUACCAUCAGAAACUGGCAGCUGGUUUUAGUGUUUUAAUGAACCAACCUCGCUGCUGGAGGGCCUGGUGUCUCCAACAGAGCUUUUAGAAAACUUCCACGUGUGCUUUGCUGCUUGGCAACCUUCUGACUAUUGAAAAUUUCUGGCAUUCAGUAUAAUUGAGUCCUUGAUAACUGAGUGGUAAAGUUAAUGGUGAGAAUGAUGGCUUUCCUCUCUAAUUCUUUGAAUCAGCAGCCCUGUCACUGUGCAGGAGCUGUUUGAACACAGCUGCCCUGUUGCAGAGGGUGCAAGGCAUCGUUCGCAGCAGGUGCGGGCAGCUCGUUGUGGCUGGUUUGAGGACAAGCUCCUUGUUUUGGGGAGCUGGGAGGCAGAAUCCUGGCUCUUUCAGUUUGUUCUCAUUUAGUGUUCAAGCAUUAGGUUGGGUUGUGGGAACUUGAGAGCAACACUCAAAGCCGUCUUUGGGGACAGAAAGGGACAGCGAGGCCUCACUUCGGCUGUGUUUUGACAGGUACCAAACACAACAGAGAAAACACAAAAUGUGUCUUUUUCUAAACCACAUAAAGCGGAAAACAGAGACCUAUAUGGGAACAUCCAGGCAAAUAUAUGUCAUUUCUGGGACUUGAAGUGGCAGGUUGUUACUGUGUUUUUCUUUCUCAUAAGCUUUCGGUAAAGUCCACAGCUUUAUUCUUGUUUAAUCCCUUUUCAAUCAAAUUAAUAAUAAAUAACAGCCCUGUACAGUAAAGAGCAGGGGUUAGCUGAAAUUUAGGUGAAGUGCAAAGCCUCUCUUGGAGAUUGGAUAUGCUUUGUCCAGCUAUUCCAACAGAUUUGAACACAGCCCCGCUUCUCCCUCAUCCUUUUUAUUAGUAAUAGAAAAUUUCCAUACAUGGAAUAGCUGUUGUUUUAAAGGGAAGGCAGAACUCACAUUCCGAGCCCUGUAUCGGCCACCUAUGUAGUUGGAAAUUCCCUCGGUCAUGUUUGGAGUUGAUGUAAAAGCAUUUGGGUGGCAGCUGCUGAGGACUGCGCAAGCUGUUGCUUGCCGCUCCGCAAAGGGUUGCCUGUGGCUGCAGACAUCCUGCUGCCCGCGCCCAGCCUGCGAGGUUAAUGGACACCCUUCUGUGACGUGCUGCGAGAUGACUUCAGUUCCGUGAGGUGCUUGGUGUCUGUCUGCUCCCCAUAAAUAUAGCCAUAUGUAUAUAUGUACACGCGUUUUUAGCCAGAGAAUGCAGCACUUAACUGAGGCAAGCUGAGGCACUGCUGGUUUAUCUUCUGUUUUACACCGGGCUGUUACGAGUAGUUGCAGAAGUUUGGGAUUUGGUCACUGUCUUUAAUUACUGUGAGUGUCUGCAGUACAGAGAAGAGUCAUUUUGUAACUGCCUGUUAAAUGGUGCUGAGAAUUCACGGUUUAGAAGGCUAGAUAGUAAAAGUACAUGGAGCAGGGGGACGAGGUGCUAUUUUAUAGAACAGCUUUAUAUGAAACAAAUCUGGGUAAAACUCGCCUCGGAGGCGUGGUGUCUAACCAGAGACACUGGACUAUAGGACAGAUGAUUUUCUAAGCAAGGCUCUUUCCUCUGAUGGGUGAACUUACAGUUUCAAAAUCAGGGCUUUGCCUGUCGGUUUUUACGGUAGUCAUUUUUUCCUUCAAUGAUGCAACUUCACGCUGGAGGAGGGGGAGAAUUAAUUUGGAAGUUUUCAGCUCACUGUGCUGGGAGGGACCAAACUCAAGGAAACCUCUGAUCUAUAUACACAACUGCUGCAUUUUUUUAUAAAUAUAUGUAAAUGUCCUAUUGUAAUAUUUGAUCCUGGAAAUAAAACAAACUGUUUUCAGUA